AUGACGUUGCGGCGUGACUGCCGUGGGGCUCUGCCGUCCCGCCAGGCCGCCCAGCACCCGGUGUCCCCCCUGGGGCUGAUCAUCUCCCUGCCACUGCCCCGUGCUCCUGACCCCGCUCCCCCCAGGCCCCGGGACCCCUUCUUUGGGGGCAUCACACGGGACGAGGAUGAGGACGAGGAUGAUGACGCACUGGAUGCGGAGUGGGACCCCGACUUCAGGGCCGGCCCCGCCGGGGAGUUCGGCUUCGGCUUCAGCAUCGGCCCCGGCGGGAUGCGUUUCCACGACGGCCUCAACUUUGACCAGCUCUUCCGUGAAUUCAAUGAGCUCUUCCAUGAUAUGGGGGUCUGGAGGCGGCCCUUCGAGCUCCCCGGCAUGGAGUCGCCCCCGCCUGCUGCUGGCGAGAAGCACGGGCAGUCGCUGCGGGACUCCAUGCUCAAGUACCCGGAUGGUCCCUGCCCCAGGACCCCCGUGGAGGACCCCGACUCAGGCGGGGGCUUGGGGGAUGGUGUUGGCCCAGCAGCCCCAGGCAGGAGGCCCUGGCAACCAUUUGCAGGGCUGGAGGAUGCCCGCCUGCCGGUGCCGCCUGCUCUCAAGGAGGAUAGAGAUCUGGACUCCCAGGUCUCCUCAGGUGGGCUGGAGACAAUCCUGAGGCCAAGUGAGCCGAAAUCCCACUCCUGUUUCCAAAGCGUCUCCAUCACCACAGUGACCAGGCCUGAUGGGACUGUGGAGGAGCGUCGAACAGUGCAGGACAGCCUGGGCCACCGGGAAACGACAGUGACCCAGUGGCACAGGGACCAGGCCAUCACCACCAUGGAGCCUGGGCAAGGCAGGGACAAGGCAACCAGCAUGGACAACUGGGAACCGGCAUGGUUCACGGGCAUCUGGCAGCAGCCGGGAGAGCCCCGCAUCCCGGACCUGAGGGACUCCUCUCUCCUGGGCGGCUUCCUGCACCGCUGGUUCUCAAGCCGGUGUCUGAUCCUAGCAGGGAAUGCAGGGACUGUGUUGGGUCGUCUCGUCCUCCUGGUACUGGUGUGCACAGAGUAAUAAAGUCUAUUUAUGCUAACAGUCAUCUUAUGGCUUGUCUGUGGCUCCUGAUGCCAGGCUGGGUAGAGCCUGGGGUAGUCCCCUGUUCUGAGCCAGGAGCUGCCCCCCUGACCAGCCUUGGCGCUAUCCCCCUUGUGGGUGCAGCUAUCCGCAGGCUCCUGGCUCUGUGCCGUGCCUUGCCCCGCCCUUCCUGCUCCACUUC